AUGUCAGGAAGUAACGACCCGGCUGCGGCUGCGGCUGCCGACAUCACGAGUGACAAUGAAGAGCACGUCACCUCGUCGAGGAACAGCUACGAGGAUGCUCCUCAAGAACAACCACCCAGCACCUCGCAUUCCAAAGAACUCACCUCGAGCGAGCAAAAGCCACCCAGCCCGAAGCAGUCUGGGGAGCAGAGCAGAGCAGCCGUUCCGGCGGGAACAGGCUCACAACAAGGCAGUAGAGCCCCGUCGCAGAAAGCGGCUUCGCAGUCCGGCAGCCGAGCAGGAUCACAGCAGGGAAGCAGACGAGGAUCCAAUGAAGCCGCGGCGGGCCAGGCCGAUGCUCCUCAAGCCGCCGUCGCCCGUGAGCGACAACCCGGAGACGAAAACCGCGAGGCGUUCCGCGACUCUACCAUCACGGCCGUCAGCGAGGACACGGCGCAAGUACUCGGACGUGUUGGCCUUCCCAAGACAACAUCGACGGAUCCUGCCGCUGCGGGAGUCCUGGCAGGUACAACCGGCAACAGAGGAGGCGAUGGCGGCGACGACGAUGAUGACGAACUUGAGCCGCUGACCAAGUACGUCGACUGGAAAGAGCACAUUUCCAUCUCCAUCGGCCCCUUCAUCAUUCUCUUCUUCGAUCUGGCUCUCCCGGUCUGUAUCUACUACAGUUGGCUGCGUGCGCAGCGUAACCGUCGUCGCGAGGCAUGCGCGCCUGCGUAUGAAGCCGGAGUAGAGUGCGGACUCCCCGCCGUCGAGACAGUCGAGAGUCGUAUCUUGGGUUUCGCCAUUAUCGCCUUCGGCUUCGGUGAGGUGUACAUCCUCAUCGUCCGCGUCUACCGACUCAUUGCCAAGUUCGAUCAAUGCGCGCCGUUGCUGUCCAAGCACUGGUGGGAGCUUGAUGCCACGACGUGGGUGUACGCGCUCGGUCUGAUCGCUGCUUUGGUCCCGUUCGUAUGCUCGACCACCGUCUACGACCCCUUCGUGGUUGAGUGGCUCUACCUGUACUCUCCCGGCUUCAUGUUCAUGAUCCUGGACGCGAUCGCCCUCAUGACGUUGAUUCCGAUCAGGAUGCCGUUCAAAAUCAACUCGGACCCGGCAGGCGAGCGGCUGAAGCCCAUCGUGUACUACGCCGCGGAGGACUUCUUCGCCGUCGACGGCGCGCAGAACCGCGAGUUCCGCAAGAAGUACGUGGAGCGGUACAAGAAGUCGAUGAUGUUCCGGAAGAUGAUUCUCGAGUUGACGCUGUUCUGGAUCGGCGGGUGCAGUUGUUACCUGGGCUACGUGGCCGCCAUCAUUUGGGACCUGGAGUUCGAGCGUGCGUUCGGCACGUCGUUGGGCGUUUUGUUCGGAUGGAUUAUCGUUUGGGGUGUGACUGCGAGAAUUUGGAUUCACUACGCGAUCAGGCGCGAAAAGAAAUGGUGGAGAGAAAACAAGGCGGAGAGAGAAGCGGCAAAGAUUCAAUGA